UGACCUCACAACUAUAUAUGAAAACAGUAAGCUCAACCCUUUCUCUUCACCUGUCACCAUUUCCUCCCUCUCUCCACCGCUAAACACCACAAAUUCCUCCCUUAUGGCCACUGUUCAGACCUUACUCUUCUCCAGCUCUCUCCUUCUCCUUCUAUUAUCAGUGAUAGGAGGAGUGCAUGGUGGUCUCGACUGCUUUAGCCCCAAGCCAAGAAAGCUCUUUGUUUUCGGAGAUUCAUACGUAGACACAGGCAACAACAUGAAAGCCUUAGCAAGUUCUUGGCAAGAACCUUAUGGCAUCACCUACCCCGGAAAACCCACCGGCCGGUACUCCAAUGGCCGCGUCUUUACUGAUUUUUUGGCUAGGUUUCUUGGGAUAAGAUCACCAAUUCCAUUCAAGUUCAGAAAAUAUGCUAUGGAUAGAUUGAUAUUUGGAGCUAAUUUUGCAUAUGGAGGCACAGGAGUAUUUGAUACAGUGUUCCCAGAACCAAACAUGACUACCCAAAUUGAUUUUUUCCAGCAAUUGAUCAACGAAAAAAUUUACUCCCAAAGAGAUCUAAACAACUCUUUAGCCAUUUUGUCUCUUGCAGGCAAUGAUUACUCUACUUACCUUAUCGACCAUGGUGGAAAUACUGAUGGUAUUAUGGAUUUCAUUAACAAAGUGGUGGAUCAGCUUGCUCUGAACAUGAAGAGAAUCUAUGAACUGGGAGUUAGGAGAGUUGCCGUGAACGAGUUAGCCCCCUUAGGUUGUCUUCCUCAAAGCACCAUGGACGGCUCCUUCAAAGAGUGCGACGAAACCCGAAAUGGACUUGUCAGCUACCACAACAUGGUGUUGGAGACUCUUGUGGCUAAGUUGAACAAUGAAACAAAUGCUAAGUUAAAUCAGACAGCGAAUCGUGACGCUUUUGUCACUCUUGAUCUUUAUGUUGCUUUCAAGAAUGUGUUGAAUGGAGAGCAGCCUGCAGGAACUACAAAGUUUGCAACUCCAUUGAUACCAUGUUGCAAGGGUACGAACAGUACUUAUUCUUGUGGUGAUGUAGUAGACGGGAAAAAGAUGUAUACAAUUUGUGAUAACCCUGAUGCUGCUUUCUUCUGGGACUAUGUGCACCCUACACAAGAAGGAUGGAGAACUUUGUACAUGGCUAUGCAAUCAGAUCUUCAUAAACUUUGAUUAGACAACCACAAUAUUAGAAGAAGAAUUUUUAUUUUUAUUUUUUUUCUAGUUAAUCUGUGAAUGUUAGUGCAUUUUGCAUUUCUUUCAUUCUUAAUUCGUUUUUGUAAUUUCCUUUUUAUGUUAGCAUAAUAAAUUGAUCUUAUUUCGUGGUUUAAAGAAUUAAA